UAUUAUUCCAUCAGCUGUGAACCAAAUUGAAUUUUGCAGCGCGAUGAUUAUCAAAGAGUUUCGCAUAAUUCUACCUUUAACUGUUGAUGAAUACCAUGUUGGACAGUUGUGGGCUGUUGCAGAGGCAUCUAAGAACGAAACUGGGGGUGGGGAAGGAAUAGAGGUUUUAGUGAAUGAACCAUUCAAUCGCGAAGUCAACCCUCCCCAGUCACCUUUAAAAGCCAAUGGUGAAGAAUUCUUCUCUGGCCAAUAUACUCAUAAACGUUUUUAUCUGGCCAGGAAAGUGCCUGGUUACGUACGUUUGCUUGCUCCAAAAGGAUCACUUGAAAUUGACGAGAAAGCAUGGAAUGCUUACCCUUAUUGUCGUACAGUUUUACAGAAUCCUAAAUAUAUGCAAGAUAACUUUACUUUGAUGAUUGAGUCAAUGCAUGUACAAGAUAAAGUUAAUAUCGAAAAUGUUCACAACCUUCCACCAAAGCUCUUGGCUCAAAGAGAAGUCGUAUACAUUGAUAUUGUAAAUGACCAACUACAUAGUGCCUCUGACUAUGACCCAGCAUGUGAUCCUAGAACAUACCAGUCAAUAAAAACUGGUCGAGGUCCAUUAGUAGGCCCAAGGUGGUGGGAAAAUACAGAUCUACCAAUAAUGUGCGCCUACAAACUUGUUACAUGUGAAUUCAAAUGGUGGGGUAUUCAAGGUCGAGUAGAAAAUAUGAUACAGAAUCAAGAAAGGCGAAUUUUCCUUAAUUUCAACCGUCAAGUUUUUUGUUGGCUUGAUAAAUGGCACGGACUUUCCAUGGAUGAUAUACGGGCCAUAGAAAAUAAAACAAAAGAAGAAUUAGAUCAACAACGCCUUGUCGGUAGUAUUCGUGGUACUGUGGCUCAUGACUAAAAUGACAACAUUAAAAAAAACAGUAAUUUGCUGUUUUCAGCCAAUCAAACACUAAUAUAUAUAUAUAUAUAUAUAUAUAUAUAUAUAUAUUAUAUAUAUUGGUGAAAUAUAAAAAUUUUUAUAUAAUCUAGAAUCAGUAGUAUGAAGUUGAGGAAUAUCAAUCAAACACAAACAAUUGGAUUUUAUUGUUUAUUUUGUGUUGUCUCGUGUAAACAUUAGGCGUAUAUUAACAUGUUAGCCCAUUCUGAAAACUAUGCCACAUAACCACUUAUCUUGUUCCACUUUCCGUUUAUAUACAGUUAAAUCAAUUCAUCUUUUUCGCAAGGAAGAAAAGAAAGCUAAAGAAAAAAUAGACUGUCAUUAUCGUACCGUUCAAUUUGUUUGAAUGAUUUCUUUCUUUUGUUUCGUCUUAUUUCUGUAUGUGUGAUAUUCUGUUAUUAUUUUUCUUUAUUACUAUCAAUAAAAAAAUCCAGUGGUUUCCUCUUUAUAAAUACAUAUAUAUGCGUUGUUAAUUAUCUAGCUGCGCCAAAUUCUAAGACACAUUUUUAUAAAUCAAUUAAGAAUUUCAUUCCUCGGUUAAUUUUCCUUUCUUCCUACUUUCAUCCAUUCUUUUUAUUUGUUUGUUGUUGUUUAUACGAUCAAAGCCCUGUUUUUGACUGCAGUUCUGCUUAUUAUCGAUUUUAUCUUAUUUUCUUAUAUUACUUCAAAUUAGUAAUAUGAUUAUUGUCAUCAACCCAGUUUAACCACUAAUUGAGCUGCUACAUUACGUUUUAAAAUUUGUUAUCAAACACAUUCCAAAACUUUGAAAAAAAACUGUAUACAUAUUUGUUUUUUGUGUUUACCUUCACAUUUUCCGUGCUUAUCAUCGUGUAGUCUGUUUUAGUUUCCUACUUAAAAUUAAGAAUUCCACCAUCUCUGUGUUAGUAUUAUUAUAAAUAAUGUGUGUUCACACGGUGUGUAACCAACAAACGACAGUAUACCCGAUUAGGAUCUUUUUACUCAUCUCUUAUUUUGCUAAUGUUCUUACAGUUGUGUUUACCUUUUAGUUGCCAUCGUUUCUCAUCAUUUUAGAUGUCUUAAUGAAGAAAAUAAACAAGUGGAGUUCUUCCUUAACUUUAUCGAUCAUUUAAAUAAUCUAUCCUCCUCAUUUAUAGAAAUUUGUGGACAUUAUUUUCGUUUUUUAUUUCUUCCUUUACCUAUUUUUAAUCAUUCUGUCUUAUAUGUUUAUUUGUCAGUCUGUGUUUAGCUUUAUAAAUGAAUUCAUUAAAGAUUGCAUUAAAGUAUUCGUGAAGUUGUUAAUACCGAUGCUCAAUGAUAUUUUGUCUCCUAUUGUUUUUCACGGCAAGGACGUCGUAAUAUUGUCAAAAUUAGCUUUAUAGGCCUGUCAGUUUAUAAUGCAACCCAGUUAUUCGGAUAAGUCAAGUACUACUAGCUAAUUUUGUGUCCAUGCUCUUAGUCUUCAUGUAAACACAUGUUCUUCAAGUUAUUGUGUCUUAAGUAGACCAGAUAGCUCGAUAUUAAGCAUCGUAUAAUGCCGUUUGAAAAGAAAUACAUUCG